UGCUUGUAACAUAACAUGUCACAUUAUAAAAUUCUGUAUUUUUAUUUAGUUGUUUCUGAAAAAUGUGAAACCGAUUCUUACUGGGGAACCAGACAACAAUUACUUGCAGGAAAAGUAAUCGCUGAUUGGGUAGAUCAAGACAACGGACCUUUGGACCCAAUAUAUGGCGUGCUUUUAAACCCAACUGCAGGUCGUGUUGGUCCAGGUGACACUGGAUGGUUUCACAACAUUCUUUUCGACGAUACCGGUUAUAUGGCGUAUCAUUCCGCUGUUCACGAUGGUUUUGGUUACCUGGUGUCGUUUCAUAAAGUGGGUCCAGGCUAUGACUAUUUAUAUGCCCAUAUACUAGACAAAACGAAUUGCAUGGCGGGUCAAAUAUCAGGAAUCAGUUUUUGGAAAGAAACCAUUGAAGAUAUUCAAACAAUGCACAAAGUUAUCAAAGCUUUUAAGCUUUAACAACUCGGGACUGUUCAAUCUUUUUUUCACUGUUUUGCUGAAUUUCUGUCUCUGUGUUGUUGCUAAGUAUGUUGAAAAGUUCUGUAUUAAAAAAUUAAUGAUAUUAAAAAUGUACCUGAAUUGUAUAA